AUGGGGAACACAUGUGUAGGACCAAAUCUCGCCAAUAAUGGAUUCUUGAAAUCUGUUACGGCCGCAGUAUGGCCAAGCCGGCCACCGGAGGAGAGACUUCCUCCACCCAAGGAUGGAACUGACAGCAAAAGUAAAGAAAAUGCGAGUCCUGAUUCACCCAAAAAUGCCGAUGCUUCAAAAGAUUCAGAUCCCCAAAAUGGUGUUCAAAGUACGCCGCCUGAAACGGUGAAAAUUGGUAAUAAUGAUCCACAGAAAAUAGUGGAACGCGAGAUGUCGUCUAGAGUGAUUAAAGAUGAAACUAAGGCACCAGAGGGUGCAAAAUCGAAAAAGGCCACUCAUAUGAAGAGAUUAUCCAGCGCUGGACUUCAAAUUGAUUCGGUUCUAGGGAGAAAAACGGAUAAUAUUAAGGAUCAUUACACAUUGGGACGGAAGCUCGGGCAAGGGCAGUUCGGGACAACGUUUCUUUGUGUUGAAAAGGCAUCCGGGAAAGAGUUUGCCUGCAAAUCUAUAGCGAAAAGGAAAUUGACCACGAAAGAGGAUGUGGAGGAUGUUAGAAGAGAGAUACAGAUAAUGCACCAUUUAGCAGGUCAUCCUAAUGUGAUACAGAUUGUGGGAGCUUUUGAGGACGCCGUGGCAGUUCAUGUUGUAAUGGAACUUUGUGCGGGUGGGGAAUUGUUUGAUAGGAUUAUACAGAGAGGCCACUAUACAGAGAAAAAAGCGGCUCAAUUAGCUAGAAUCAUAGUCGGUGUUGUCGAAGCAUGUCAUUCUUUGGGUGUCAUGCAUCGGGAUUUAAAACCAGAGAAUUUUCUUUUCAUCAGUCAACAAGAGGAGUCAGCACUUAAGACCAUAGAUUUUGGGCUCUCCAUGUUCUUUAGGCCAGGUGAAACUUUCACAGAUGUGGUUGGCAGCCCUUAUUAUGUAGCCCCAGAAGUAUUGCGGAAGCUUUAUGGGCCAGAAUGUGAUGUAUGGAGUGCUGGGGUUAUCAUAUAUAUUUUACUAAGUGGCGUGCCUCCGUUCUGGGAUGAGACGGAGCAAGGAAUAUUUGAGCAGGUUUUGAAAGGUGAGCUUGACUUUAUAUCAGAACCCUGGCCUAGUAUAUCAGGGGAAGCAAAAGACUUAGUGCGGAGAAUGCUUGUACGAGAUCCCAAAAAAAGAUUAACAGCCCACGAAGUUCUUUGCCACCCAUGGGUGAAAGCUGAUGGAGUUGCUCCUGACAAACCUCUUGAUUCAGCUGUUCUAAGUCGUUUGAAUCAAUUCUCUGCCAUGAACAGGCUAAAGAAAAUAGCAAUUAGAGUUAUCGCAGAAAGCCUUUCCGAAGAGGAAAUUGCUGGCCUCAAAGAGAUGUUUAAGAUGAUAGACACGGACAAUAGUGGUCAAAUAACUCUCGAGGAAUUGAAGCGUGGUUUGGAAAGAGUGGGUGCUAAUCUUCAGGAUUCUGAGAUUAGCGGGUUAAUGCAAGCUGCAGAUGUUGAUAAUAGUGGUACCAUAGAAUAUGGCGAGUUUGUAGCAGCAAUGCUUCAUUUAAACAAGAUUCAGAAGGAGGACCAUCUCUUUGCUGCCUUCUCAUACUUCGACAAAGAUGGGAGUGGAUACAUCACACAGGACGAGCUCCAACAAGCUUGCGAAAAGUUUGGUUUGUCAGACUUUCGCCUAGAAGAUAUAAUGCGCGAAGUUGACCAGGAUAAUGAUGGUCGAAUAGAUUACAGUGAGUUUGUGGCUAUGAUGCAAGACACUGGUUUUGGUCAGAGGUGAUUGUAAAGCUGCAUGACGAUUGGAAUUAAGGAAAGCCUUUAGGCUUAACUAUUAACAUGCCUCACUCUGGUUCCUGACCAAGAAGCCAAUUUUAUUUAUUUUCUGGCCAGUAGGCCCAAUACAUGUUCUUUUUUAUAGCUAGAAGGUGAAAUUAAUGCUGUUUGUAAAGAUGACAAGCUUCAGAGAGAGUUAGUUUCUUGUUUC